UUCUUGUUUGCUAGGCAAGAGAAGUCUUCUUGGGGUAACCGAAACCCGACCGGCUGGCGGCGAGUAGAACCACCUUUUUUCCAACAAUCUUCUGUGCGUGUGUGCGGGUGCACCACUUCCGCCACGCAUUGCCAGAAGUUUCGAGUUCGAUAGACAGUGCAUCGUUUCUUGGCCCACCCACCGUUUUUCUUUUUCCGUACUCCGGAAGAAAAUUAGGUGAGCAGCGGGUUUUGAACCGCUGUCUUUUGCAACCAAAAGCAGACACCUGACAUAGCACUAUAGACUAAACACGCAGCAGUAUAGUCUAUGCACGCAACAGCAGUAUUGUUGGGUAAACGACCUGUUUGUACGUUAUACAAUAAGUAGUAGGCUCACCCUGCCCCAAAGACAGAUUGUAAGCUUGUUUGUUUCACCGACGGAAAGCCGAAUGACAGAGCCUUGCAGCAGGUGCAUUUUUUUCGUUGUGUGCCUACGUCGUCUGGACCGGUGUACACAGCAGUUCCGCGGUGUGGGCGUUUCACGUGAACCGGUAUUGUCUCCCCGCCUUUGUUCUUUUUUUCGCUGGGGGGGUGCAUCGUUUCGUUCCUCGUGCCCCCCAACGAGUGCCUAACCUGGGGCAGGGCCCGAGCAAUUCAACGAGAGGAACAGCAGCAGUGAAGAGGACGAGAUCGAAGUAUUUACUGAUUUUUUUCUCAUAGACAUGUCGGAACCAGACCCGGGAGUCCCUCCGACACAGCAGUUGAACGUAGAGCAGCAGCCUUCUCCGCACAACAACGGCAGUUUAAGCGCUCCCCCAUCUGCAGCAACAUCAUCACCGGCAACAGCAGCGACCAACACGGAGCAGGCAACCUCUUCCGCUGCCACUCCCACAUCUGCCGCUGCUUCUUCUACUGCUGCUACGACUGCUAGCACUGCUGUUGUUACCAGCACUGCUGUUCCCGCGGCAGCAGAUGAAGCUCGGCAAGAUCCGGUGCCAGCAGCGGGAGAAACGAAGGAUGGGCCAGGGACAACUUCAGCCCCCGCGGCGUCAGGGGCAGUGAAAAAGGAGGGGGGGUCGCAACCACGGUCGGCGAAGAGGCCGAGAGACACUCCUUUACCGGUGGGACUACCCCCGAGCAUGGUUCGGCGCAUCAUGAAGCUCGGCGAGGAGACGCGAAACAUUUCCAAGGAGGCUUUGGUCAUUGUUGUCAAAGCCAGCGAGAUUUUCUUGGAGAAGUUCGCUGCGAGGGCGUUCGAUCACGCCGAGAAGCUGGGAAGAAAGACAAUCAAGUACAGAGAUGUCAGCGACGUCCGGUUGGAAGACCCCAACCUCUUGUUCUUGGAAGCGGUCGUGCCCCCCUAAACCAAGCCAACCUUCGGGGGUAUCAAUGUCUGGGGGCCUGUGGGUCUGAGCGACGAGCAACACUAGACACUUGCACCAAGGCAAUCGGGACAGGAACGGGAGACAAGUGUUCCACAGCUACUCCGAAGGCUUUACGAGAAAUCGUGACAGUCUCGAAUGGGAAUAGGAGACAACGGUUUCACAGCUACCACUUUCGAGGAGUCGGGAGAAACGCCAAGUCAGCCGUGCUUUUGGCUGCUGCUGUUAGUACAGCCAGGCCCCACACAUGAGACCCUCCUGUUGUGGCAGAGGCUUGUUAGUUAGCUUGCCUCAUGAGCUAUCUAUCCCCACGGCGACUAUUUAGGUUCUAGCGUAGGCUCCUGACGGAGUACCUGCGUUUAAUGACCAAGUUAUUUUAUUUUGGAAAUUUCGAGGCUCGAGUUCUUAACUACCAAGCGCUCUGAAGUGCAGGCCAGUUCUGUAUGUGAACCCCGUUGCCAGGGCAGAAACAAUUCCCCGACGACUCAAGCUUGCCCCGGAGACGGUGAGUCGUACCCCCUUUGUUCAUCGCGGUAGUUUAUCUGUAAGCACCUUGUCCCGGAGAGCAGGAGGUGGUUCAGUUGUUUUUGGCGUUUUGGGGGACAAGCCGUUGUGAAUCUGGGGUCUGUCCAACGAAGCUGCCACAUUGUUUGAGUGUGGUACAUGGAUAUGGGUAUGUAUAUAUAUAUAUACGAAGUAUUUUUUUUUCUCCCAUCAUCGGAUUCUGUCGUCUGCCCCUCUGGCCCCUAUCCUCCACUUCUACUAGCUAGACGACCCAACCGGGGUCACACAGGAGGGGGGGGUCGGACCACCUCGUGCGGUUCCUGCCUGAGAUAUUUUCAUUGCGAGAAGGGCACAGCAAUCCCUUCCCACGCGACUUCAUUGUCCACAAAAAAUGGUGAGCCCGUGGUCUCACAACCCGGCACAUACGACACCGCGGGGAAACAAAACAAAAUUAAGGUACAAGCCACUCAGAAAAAGAAAACAAAAUUAUAUAAUAGAAAACGGUAGUGUUAUAUACGACACCGGUGUCGUACUUCCUUAUAUACGACACCUACCAUUUCUUGGCCCACAGGGCUCCAAUCGGCGUACAACAAAAUGCGCUCCACGGCCCGCAGCUAUCAGCCCAUACCAUUUUGGGUCAAAUCGGCCAAGUGGUUGCGGAGAAAGAGCCGAUUAUAGGGGGCUCCGCAACUUACCGGGGGGGUGUCAGCGACGUUCCGGUCAUAACUCCUUGCACAGACAUCGCCUGAUCGCACGUAAACUCGCGAUGAGUAGAUAAGCUUAUAUACGACAC